AUGAGUGCCCCUCCAUCACCCAAAGAUCGGUUUGACAUUGCAUCCCAACAUGCAGCUCUAAUUCGAGCUCUCCUCUCGCACCCAUCUAUGUAUCUUACCUCUGAGGGUCUUCCCGACCGUGCCAAAACCCACCCGACUCUCUUCAACGUGACAGAUUUCGAAUUGAGAACCUACAAGGACUACCUCCUCCCUAUACUGCCUCCAAGCGCCGAGAAGAUAUCGCAAGCUCUGGCCAUUCGGCAAGUAGAAGUCGAGAAAGAAAUCCCAGAGCUGAUGAGCGAUGAUAUGUAUCCACGCAUGACAGUAGGCGGGUUCACGGAAAAAUGGGUGGAUGCGAUAGGGCGUGGAGUGAUGAUCACGGACAUCAUUCUCAACACGGGCAGACAGAUACUGUUUGGCGGGUCGUUUGAUUUUGGGGAUGAGGUUAAGGAGAAGGCCAGGGCAAUGGAAAUCGUGUCUAUGGGCCUGCGGGUCUGCGAGCUCGCUUUCGCCGGUGUUGUUGCGGGCAUCGUCGGCUCCUACCUAAAUGACUACCGCCACGGCAACGGUUGGCCUCUCGCGCGCUUCAUCUAUAUCGAGAUUGUAGCUGGGAUAUCUCUUCUUCUCGGUCUUCUCUGGUUGCUACCGUUCGCAGCCGGCUUCUUUCACUGGCCUAUGGAUACCUUCCUCUCCUUUGCCUGGUUCGCCUCUUUCGGGCUCCUCGUCGAAUGGGCGAACGGCACCAGCUGUGAUGGAGAUACGUUCGACUGGAACCAAAUCAGCUUUCAUGGGUUCUGCGGUCGCUAUCGAUCUGCUGAGGCGUUCUCUUUCCUGUCUGCCAUCAUGUGGAUCUUGAGCGCCCUGGUGGGCAUCUGGUUUGUCCAUCGCGAGAGGCGCAAGGCUGUCGCGGCUGCUCCCGCGGAAGGACCAUAUGUACGCCGCCGCUGGUACCGGCGCAGUCGCGUCUAG